CUUCCAAUCAAAUUGAGACUGACGCAGCAGUUCCUCUUCCGCUCCCAUUCCAUUUUUCUGUUAUUUGUAUGAUCUGCAAGUCUUCUGCCAUUUUGUUUUGUCUGCGGUCAUUUAAGGAGGAUUUGUAAACAUGGUGAAAUUGUUUGUAGGCAAUCUGCCUGCUGAGGCAACCCAGAGUGAGCUGAAAUCUCUGUUUGAACAGUUUGGCCGUGUAACAGAAUGUGACAUCAUUAAGAAUUAUGGCUUUGUCCACAUGGAAGAUAAGAAGUCAGCAGAUGAAGCUGUGCAUAAUCUUAACCACUACAAACUGCACGGGGUUGCCAUCAAUGUUGAGAACAGUAGAGGGAAGCCAAAGGCCUCUACCAAACUUCACGUUAGCAACCUUAGCAACAACUGUACCAGCGAUGAGUUGCGUGCUAAAUUUGAGUCAUAUGGGUCUGUCCUGGAAUGUGACAUUGUGAAGGAGUAUGCCUUUGUCCAUAUGGAAAGGGCAGAUGAAGCACUGGAUGCUAUAAGGAAUCUGGACAACACUGAAUUCAAAGGCAAAAGGAUGCAUGUUCAGCUCUCCACAAGCCGUCUGCGUGUAACACCAGGAAUGGGAGACCAAAGCCGAUGCUACCGUUGCGGGAAGGAGGGCCACUGGUCUAAAGAGUGUCCCCUAGAUCAAAUGGCCCAGGAGCUGGAGCAGCCGCCACCAGCUUAUCCCCAUGAUCCAUACCCAGAUCCUUAUGCCCCUGUGCGCAGUAUGUCGGCUUCUGCCUACAGCUCAACUUAUGCAGAGCGUGUUUUCUAUGACGAACGGGAGCGUUGCAACAUCAUCGACUACUAUCAGCGUUACCGCGUACGGCCCUCCUCCUACGAUCCGUACUUGGAACGUCGCCUGACUUCUCUUCCCCCUCCACCACCAACAGUUUCCAACGUAUACAGGGAUCGAAUUGAGGCAUUCCCAUAUGAGAGGCAUCUGCUGCCCCCUCCACCCCCUCUCUCCAGCUCAUAUUACACACGAGAGAGAAGCCCUUUACGUCGCUCCUCCUCCACCUCCUCCAGCAUGGACGGAUAUCGAUCGGAGCGCCGACUCUCCCCCGUGUUGCGAAGUUCUCUCUACGACAUCUCACGCUACAGUCGGGAAUCCUACUCUGACCGGCCGCGGUAUUACUAACGGAGGAGGUAAGAUAUUUUCAUGGGUCCGGCACAGUCUGCAGUCAUGUUUGCAAUAAAAACUUGCCUACGAUCAGUUAGUGUUAGUGGAAUAUGAAUUACCGUAUGUGUUUGUUUUCUCCCUCCUAUGAUGAAUAUUUUAGGUCUGCUUAAAUGCCCCAUGCCACUUUUUCCCCACCCUUCUUUUAGCAACACCCAUUUAUAAAGAAAAAUACAAAAUGUACAUCUUUAAGUUUUAUGCAGAUAGGACACAUAAAAUAUUUAAAAACUCUAA